CCCUCCCACCCGCCACCGCUGCAGCCAGAGCGGGGCUCCGCGGGCCUGGAGCACGGCCGGGUCUAAUAUGCCCGGAGCCGAGGCGCGAUGAAGGAGAAGUCCAAGAAUGCGGCCAAGACCAGGAGGGAGAAGGAAAAUGGAGAGUUUUAUGAGUUGGCCAAGCUGCUACCGCUGCCUUCGGCCAUCACCUCGCAGCUGGACAAGGCGUCCAUCAUCCGACUCACCACGAGCUACCUAAAAAUGCGCGCCGUCUUUCCCGAAGGUUUAGGAGACGCGUGGGGACAGCCGAGCCGCGCCGGGCCCCUGGACAGCGUCGCCAAGGAGCUGGGGUCGCACUUGCUGCAGACUCUGGAUGGAUUUGUUUUUGUGGUAGCAUCUGAUGGCAAAAUCAUGUAUAUAUCGGAAACAGCCUCCGUACAUUUAGGCUUGUCCCAGGUGGAGCUUACAGGCAACAGCAUUUACGAGUACAUCCACCCCUCUGACCACGACGAGAUGACGGCCGUCCUCGCGGCCCACCAGCCUCUUCACCAUCACCUGCUCCAAGAGUAUGAGAUAGAGAGGUCCUUCUUCCUUCGAAUGAAGUGUGUUUUGGCAAAGAGAAACGCGGGCCUGACGUGCAGUGGCUACAAGGUCAUCCACUGCAGCGGCUACCUGAAGAUCAGGCAGUACAUGCUGGACAUGUCGCUGUACGACUCAUGUUACCAGAUCGUGGGGCUCGUGGCCGUGGGCCAGUCACUGCCGCCCAGCGCCAUCACCGAGAUCAAGCUGCACAGUAACAUGUUCAUGUUCAGGGCCAGCCUCGACCUGAAGCUGAUAUUCCUGGAUUCCAGGGUGACCGAGCUGACCGGGUACGAGCCGCAGGACCUGAUCGAGAAGACGCUGUACCAUCACGUGCACGGCUGCGACGUGUUCCACCUCCGCUACGCGCACCACCUCCUGCUGGUGAAGGGCCAGGUCACCACGAAGUACUACCGGCUGCUGUCCAAGCUGGGCGGCUGGGUGUGGGUGCAGAGUUACGCCACCGUCGUGCACAACAGCCGCUCGUCCAGGCCCCACUGCAUCGUGAGUGUCAAUUAUGUCCUCACGGAUAUCGAAUACAAGGAACUGCAGCUGUCCCUGGACCAGGUGUCCACGUCCAAGUCCCAGGACUCCUGGAGGACCGCCUUGUCUACCUCACAAGAAACUAGGAAAUUAGCUAAACCCAAAAGUACGAAGAUGAAGACAAAGCUGAGAACAAACCCUUACCCCCCACAGCAGUACAGCCCCUUCCACAUGGACAAACUGGAGUGCGGCCAGCUCGGGAGCUGGAGAGCCAGCCCCCCGGCCACGGCUGUGGCGCCCCCCGAACAGCAGCUCCAUUCAGAAGGUGGCGACCUUCUGUACGCCCCGUCCUACAGCCUGCCCUUCUACCGUUACGGACACUUCCCUCUGGACUCUCACGUCUUCAGCAGCAAAAAGCCAAUGUUGCCGGCCAAAUUCGGGCCGCCCCAAGGAUCCCCGUGUGAGGUGGCACGCUUUUUCCUGAGCGCGCUGCCAGCCAGUGGCGAGUGCCAGUGGCACUAUGCCAACCCCUUAGUGCCUAGCAGCCCGUCUCCAGCUAAAAACCUCUCGGAGCCGCCGGCGAACCCCGCUCGGCACGGCCUCGUGCCAAACUACGAAGGUGGGUCACGUUUGCUCCAGGGAGGGGGCAGGGCUGGGAACGGCAGCGGUGGGUGGCACAUGGAAAAAGGACCCUCACACUUUGGGCAAACUGCUCCUUUUUCCUGCUUCUAAGCGGGAGUGGCUACGCUUUGCUGCUCUCAGUGCAAAUGCUUCAUGAGCAUGAGAGAAGCUGGGUGACCGAGUCCGUGUGCCUCGUGGGCGUGAGUGACAGACAGCGUAAAGGGCAUUGGACACCAG